ACGUCUUCCAAAUGUCUUCUGUUCAUCUGUUCAGCCCCUUAUCACUUUGGGCCCAAUUACCCCCCACUGCUGCUGUGUCAUACACUACAUCCUUGGAGAUACCAGGGAAUGGUACCCAAAAACUCAUUCCGGCGGAGAUUACACCUCGCCCUGCCUCGCGAAAACAGUCUUAUGGACCCUGUCGGAUGUUGCUCGACGCCUGACCUUGAGGACGAAUUCGUGCCAUCGCUGAGUCCACCACUACGUUCCGCAUCCCCUGCCCAUAUCGAAUCGGCUCUACCCUCCAAUGGGUCCUCCCAAGAGCCUGUAGCUCAGUCUUGGCGACGUGCAUCUUCGUCAAUCGUUCCGGCCUCACUGCGGCCAAAACGUGCUCCUGCCCUCCAUUUUCAAACACCCAAAGAUCGCUUCCGCGCAUGUGUUCGAAAAGUGAUUUCCAUACACCGGAAAACAACAAUCCUUUUGGGCUUCGGUCUCGCCGGUGCAGAACCUGGUGUUGACCCGCGCAGGCAGUCCGCAUAUCUCCAUUACGCGCACAUUCGCGAGCGCUGCGAGAUCCAAAUCGCCGACUAUAGUACCUUGAGGAGUAGCUUUGGAAAUAUGGAUAAUGAGCGUUUUGUACAAAUGUUAAAUGAUAAGAGAAGUUCGGAGAGGGAGCCAUGGGUGAAGGUGAGGUGGAUAAACGUGUGCGGCAUCAGCUGGGAUGUGAUGAGUGCGCUUGCCCUGAAGUAUGGCCUUCACCCGCUCGCCCUCGAAGUUGUCCUGCACAAACACGGACACACGCGCUCCAAAAUGGACUACUACAGUCAACACCUCUUUAUCCAUGUCUUAUCUCACACACUCGCUUCCUCCUCUUCAUCUCCAAACCCCUACACACCAGAAGGCGAAGACCCACCACGGAGCUACUCACCAGGUCCAAUGACGCCAGGGGACUACCACAAGGAGUAUUUCAAGGAUGACGGCAUCCAUGCAGAUGCUGGGGAUGAAGGUAGCACGAUGUAUGGCGGCAGUGCGCCUGCAACCUGGCGACUUGGAAGCACUAUCAGGAGCAGAACGUCAGCGACAGCUGACAUGGAAAGUGUAGCAAGGGCCAGGGAUGAUGGCUUAACUCCGCUAACAUCCGCUACACGGAAAGACAGCGCGUCCCGAAAACGCCGGGAGAAAGCUCAGAUGACUCUCACUGAUCUAAAGAAGGCAGGCCGCGUGAACGUUUGCAUCCACCCGAUAUCAAUUUUCUUAUUGAGAGAUGGCACAGUGAUAUCUGUCAUGCCGUCCAAUUUCAUCGACUUUACAGGUUCCAUCAUGGCGCGUCUCCGACAGCCUGACACGGGGCUGCGUACAUCUGCAGACCCCAGUCUACUCGUUCAAAGUCUGCUCGACCUCAUCGUGGACUCUGCACUUGAGGUGGUGGAUGCAUUCCAUGAGGAGAUAUUACAGCUAGAAUACGAUGUGUUGAUGAAGCCGGAUAUGAAAGUGGUUACAAGGCUACACAUUCUUUCCGGCGAUUUGAUGUUGCAUAAGCGGACCCUUGGGCCCCUCAAGACGGUUAUUGGUGGGCUACGACGGUAUGACGAGGACCGGUGUGCUGCACUUCUCUCGCCUGCUGAGAAGUGGGUUCAAGAGCAAAGCAGAGAGAAAGUGAAGGGUUUCAUGUCCCAUAAGAGCAAAAUAUAUUUGGCGGACGUACACGAUCAUAUGGAAUAUGUCCUUACAAGCAUGGAUAUGUUCGCGGGGAUCACAGAAAACCUGAUCAACUACACGUUCGAUAUGAAAUCAUACGAGAUGAACGUAACCAUGCGCCGCCUCACCCUCGCAACUCUCAUAUUCCUCCCGCUGACAUUGCUCACGGGUUAUUUUGGAAUGAAUUUCAAAUCUAUGUGGAGUGUCAACAACCAUUCCGACGCCCUAUUUUGGAUGAUUGCAAUCCCUGUCACGACAUUCGUCAUGCCCUUAGUAGUCAGACUUCAAGCGUACUACGCAUCAUGCUGAGAGGCGGUGGGCGGCGAAGUUAUUGAUGACUAUCAAGGGCAAGUUGGCGUGAAUGCCACUGACAGAUGCCACAGCUCAGCGCGGUUGUAUUGCCCGACUUUACGCGGUUUGUUGUUUUAUAGAUUUCGGAGCAUUCACUUGUUCGAUCGGGCUGGGUAUGUCUUGUUUUCUUGUUAGAGUGUAACUGUACUCGCUCGAAACUUCUUGUUCUUGACGUACCGGUCUUUGCUAAAGUAAUUACUGCAAGUGAUUCCCGCUGCGCAGUAAAAGGACAUUCUGUACGAGUUUCCAUCUGCUUAUAGAAGAUUCCUUUUUGUGUAUCCAUAUGUAGUAUUGUGUAUAAUAUGUCGUCUAUCUUGCCCUGCGAAAAUAACAUCUAAG